CAUAUAUUGCACCUGGAGUCGAUUUGCAUGUGCAUGUAGAGCAAGACAAUGCUCCGACCGGUGACACCUGGAAAACGGGCUUGCAGUCCGCAGUUACAGGUGGAAACACGACCAUCAUAGCAUUGGUAACACGAAAGCGUUACGUGGAUAGCCUUGGUCAGCUUUGAUGGAAUAUCAUCGACGCGCCAGCAACAAUGCCUAUUGCAACUAUGGGUUUCAUUCCAUUCUCACACAAACCGGACGGACAAAAUUCUGCCGGAAGAAUUUAAGUGUGAAACUUUAUAUGAUGUACGAACCAAUGAAGCUCGGUGACAGGGAUAUCUUGGGUAUAACGAUGCAGACAAGAAAGCUUGGGAUGACAACUAUGGUACAUGCAGAGAAUAUUGAUAUGAUUGAUCUAAUAUUAAGACGACUUGAAGAGCAUGGACACACAGAUCCAUUCUUUCACUCGGUCGCGCGACCUCAAAUCGCCGAGAACGAGGCUACAUAUCGUGUCAUAAACCUCUCGGAGCGUACAAAUACGCCUAUUCUCAUCCUACAUAUGUCGUUGCGCGCAGCAGCGAAGCAUGUUGCCAAAGCGCAGAGACGAUUACUUCCCGUUUACGCGGAAACUUGUCCCACCAAUCCCGCAAACUAUACGGCUUUGGACACCGCAAGGGUAGCCUGCUUCCUGGAUUUGAUGCUGAUGUUGUGAUUUGGUACCCUGACAACCAGUCCGGCUCGGAUAAUAAAAUAGGGUUUACUAUUCAGCAAAUAAAUCUCCAUCAUCGAAUCGA